AAGUCUAUCGCGAAUAAAUUUAGAUUAUUGCUCUAAUAUUGUAGCUCUGCCCUGUUCACGUACGAAAUAUUUACGUAAGCGAUAAUAAAACAUGCAUGCAUGAAAAGAAAAACUUUUCAAAUCAUCAAAAAAGAUUAGCGAAUUGAUCAAAAUAUCAUUUCAAUUUUCCCUAAUCGAUCCAUACAUAUUUUUCUAUUUUCUCAAUAAUUUUUUGCCAAUUUUUUUUUGAAUAUCUAACAUAUAUUGUUCGAUUCUUGAAUUUGCGCUGAAAUUUCAGAUUUUGAUAUGUUUUUUUUUUGGUUCAAUCGAGUGAUUAGUGGAGUAUUUAGCAAUUUGGGGUUAAAAUUUAUUAGGGUUCUAUUGAAUUUAUAGUAUGAUGGUAUUAGAAAUCGAAAAAGGUUGAGAUUUUGAUUGUUGAGCUAAUGGGGAAUAAUUGUGUUGGACCCAAAUUGGCUAACAAUGGGUUCUUACAAUCUGUUACUGCAGCUGUGUGGAAACCUAAUCAGUCGGAGAAUUUACCACUCCCGAAUGCAGGGGAACCUAAUUCAGAGAAUUCGGUUGAUUCAUCGAAAGGCGCGGUGGAUGGAUCUGGUAUUCAAGGUAAUCCACCUCCACAUCUUAUGAUAAAUGCUGAUACACAAAUGGGUAAUAAUGAUGUAGUGAUUGCUAAUAAUGUCACUGUUACUGAUAAGCCCCCUGUGGAAGGGGUGAAACAGAAUAAGCCUACUCAUGUUAGGAGAACGUCGAGUAUUGGGGUUCAGAUUGAAUCUGUUUUGGGACGAAAAACGGCUAAUUUGAAGGAGAUUUAUAGUUUAGGGAGGAAGUUAGGACAAGGGCAGUUUGGGACGACGUUUUUAUGUUUAGGAAAGUCAUGUGGAAAACAGUAUGCGUGUAAGUCCAUUGCGAAAAGGAGGUUGACAACUGAGGAGGAUGUAGAGGAUGUGAGGAGGGAGAUUCAGAUAAUGCAUCAUUUGGCAGGACAACCAAGUGUGGUACAGAUUGUGGGUGCGUAUGAGGAUGCUGUUGCAGUUCAUGUUGUAAUGGAGCUUUGUGCAGGCGGGGAGCUUUUCGAUAGGAUUUUACAAAGAGGGCAUUAUUCAGAGAAGAAGGCAGCUGAACUUGCUAGAGUAAUAGUAGGUGUUGUAGAAGCAUGUCAUUCCUUGGGUGUUAUGCAUAGGGACUUGAAACCCGAGAACUUUCUAUUCGCUGAUCAGGAAGAGGAUUCAACUCUGAAGGCGAUUGACUUCGGAUUAUCAGUGUUCUUCAAGCCAGGUGAAAUCUUCAAUGAUGUUGUUGGAAGCCCUUACUAUGUGGCCCCAGAAGUGUUGCGGAAGCAUUAUGGUCUAGAAUGUGAUAUUUGGAGUGCUGGAGUCAUUAUUUAUAUACUGCUUAGCGGCGUUCCCCCAUUUUGGGAUGAGACGGAGCAAGGAAUAUUUGAACAAGUUUUAACAGGGGAACUUGAUUUUGCAUCAGAACCCUGGCCUGCUAUAUCUGAAAGUGCAAAAGAUUUAGUCAGAAAAAUGCUGGUGAGAGAUCCCAAAAUGCGGUUGACAGCUCAUGAAGUUCUUUGUCAUCCAUGGGUCCGUGUUGGUGGGGUUGCUCCAGAUAAGCCUCUUGAUUGUGCUGUUCUAAGUCGGCUCAAUCAGUUUUCUGCAAUGAAUAAAUUAAAGAAGAUAGCAAUCAGAGUAAUUGCUGAAAGUCUGUCUGGAGAAGAAAUUGCAGGACUGAAGGAAAUGUUCAAAAUGAUAGACGCAGAUAAUAGUGGACACAUUACACUAGAAGAACUGAAAACGGGUUUGGAAAAAGUGGGUGCCAAUCUGAAUGAUUCAGAAAUAGUUAGUUUAAUGCAAGCAGCAGAUGUUGAUAAUAGUGGUACCAUUGAUUAUGGAGAGUUUAUAGCUGCUAUGCUCCAUCUAAAUAAAAUUCAGAAGGAAGAUCACAUGUAUGCCGCUUUUUCAUAUUUUGAUGAAGAUGGUAGUGGAUAUAUCACACAGGAUGAGCUCCAAAAGGCUUGUGAUAAGUUUGGUUUAAGCAAUAUCCCCAUAGAAGAGCUUAUGCGUGAAGUUGAUCAAGAUAAUGAUGGACGCAUCGAUUACAGUGAAUUUGUAGCGAUGAUGCAAGACACUGGUUUUGGUGACAAAGGAAGCAAAAGUGUGUUGUAAACAUUGGCAUUCAAUAGGCCUUAAAGCCUGGAUCAACAAUCAUAGCUGCACGGAGUAUGAUAGAACUCCUCGGUACAGUCACUCGGGAAGUCCAUCCCGAGGGACACUCUGAUAAAAUUCUUGCGAGAGCUGGAGAAGCGUCUACUGGUAAAGCACUGUAUCCAUGUAACUGCUUGCCAUCUACGCACCGCCAUCCUUUACAAGUUUAGGAACCUAGGAAUUAUCACACUCAUGCUUUAAGGAGGAGGACUCUUCUCUUGUUCUGCCAAAAAUGCUUACUCAUGGUCAACGCUGCAGUUGAUGAUAUGAUUCUGGACUAGUUUCCAGGCAUACACCAACCAUACAUACCACUUUCUCGUUUAGGAAUUUCUCAAGUAUGCAGUAAAGAUUAGUCAGGCAUCGUUAUUUGAACAAAAAAUCAGAUUGUGUUAUACUGUAAAAAUUAGUCAGGCAUCAGGGAGGAAAGGCAAAUAUUGUAUCUUCUAUUUCUUUUUCUUGAGGAAACCGAUGUUCGUUUAGGCUUGUGUUCCAUUGAACCUGUAGCCUGAAUGGUUUGUAUUGAAGUAGCUCCUGCAGGAUAAUCCAGAGUUCAUUAGUUAAUUGUCUCACCAUUUCUUGUGAGUACCUCAUUUUUAGGGAUCUUCUUGAGAUUUUUAAACUUGAUUGCUAAGGUAACUUGCUGACAUGAUGGUAACAUUUUGAUAUUAAUGAACCAUAAUAGUUGCAACUGUA